CCAGUUAACCUCCGGGGAGUAACAGUUGUCCGUGCAGUCCGAAACGUACUCUGGGCAUUGCCGGAUCGUGAGCAGGGAUUUUUGGGUCACAGAAUUUGGGACUUCUGGUCAUCGCUCUUUUCAACAUGAAGUCUACCUCGGGGGUUCGAAACCAAGUCUUUGCUACCUGCGUUAUAAACGUGAUCAACCUAUCACACGGUGCUGGCCUCGGAUGGGUAUCACCGUAUCUGCCGGUGCUGAUGGACGAGAACCAAACACUGCUCGAGACGGGUCCGGUCACGGUUGAGCAGGGUUCUUGGAUCGGAUCGAUCCUGUGCCUGGGUGGACUGUGUGGUGCGUUCACGUAUAGUUAUCUAGUUGAAAAGCUCGGUAUCAAAAAAUCCAUACAGGCACUAGCGAUACCACACUCGGCGUUCUGGAUCAUCGUGUAUCUGGCUACUUCCGUGUACCAUCUGUAUAUUGCUCGGUUUAUGGCCGGUUUGGCGGGCGGGGGUAUCAUUGUGACAUUUCCUCUCUACGUAGCGGACAUUUCUGAUAAACGAAUUCGAGGUAUUCUUGGAACCUUUCUGGCGCUCAUGAACAACCUCGGUAUACUGCUCAUGUACGUGAUCGGCAACGUACUGUCUUACCACACGGUUGUCUUCGUUAUGCUCGUAUUGCCGGCCCUGUUUACUGGUCUAAUGUUUCUCAUCCCGGACACACCACAAACGCUACUGAAGCAGGGUAAGGUUAGUGAAGCUGAGCGAUCCUUAAUGUUCUAUCAGGGCGUCCAGGAUGCAGUGGUCGGCAAAUCGCCAGCAUUCCGUCAAGAGUUUGAUAACAUGCGCAAGUUUAUUGAGUGCAGCAUCCAGGGUAACUCUCGCGUUACAGUGGCCGAUUUCCGAACACGUGAAGCUAAGCUCGGGAUGCUUAUCGGUGUGUUUCUGAUGUUUGUCAAUCAGUUCUGUGGCAUCUUCGCCGUGCUGACUUAUGCCGCGUACAUUUUUGCUACGGUCGGAUCGACGCUAAGUCCGAACACAUCGACCAUCAUCAUGGGUACGGUGCAGAUCUUUGGUACGCUCUCUUCGUUCGUCUUUAUCGAUCUGAUCGGACGUAAGGUAUUGCUGGCUAUCUCGACGUUCGGCAUUGGAAUGGGGCUGCUGCUCCUGGCAGCCUUCAACUGGAUGACGAUCACCGGUGUCGAAUGGGUUUACGAAUUUCAAUGGCUUCCGAUCGUUAUCCUGUCGGCAACCGUAUUUCUGUACGCGGUCGGUCUGAGCAGUAUACCGUUCUUCGUGCUACCUGAACUACUUCCAGCGAAGGUAAGCAGAUUUUUGGUGCAAUUUGUAGAGCGUUUUUUUAUGUCUAGAUAUGCCUGCCCUCAGAUAUGCAAUGCGGGAAACACACUCAGCAUGGUCACAGUUACUAUAUUCUCGUUCAUCAGCUUGAAGAUAUUCCCUGUCAUGGUAGAAGUUAUCCAUCUCUACGGUGCAAUCGGAAUUUACUCAGGAAUAUGUUUCGUUGGAGGAACUAUUUUCCUAUUUAUUAUUCCCGAGACUAAAGGCAAGAGCCUCAUCGCAACGCCAACGCUGGAGAAAAGAUUAGACGAUAAGGCGACAAUGGCGCUGCGCCCAGCCGUAGGCCAUACAGGACCACGCUUAUGGUUGGUGCAGCUUCCGCGAGUAGUGUCACCUCGAGAUCUAGUGAUGCAUCCGCUAACGUUCGCCUCGAUAAGAAAUCAAUUCCUGGGCACCUUCGCUGUGAACAUCAUCGCGCUGGCUCAUGGAGGAGUGUUGGGAUGGGUGUCCCCUUCCUUAGCCUAUCUGCAAUCAAAUGGCACACACCUGGCCGGUGGACCGCUGACGGUCGAGCAGACAUCGUGGCUCGGUUCAUCGCUCUGCAUUGGCGGUAUGAUCGGUGUUACGCUCUUUGGACUGCUAGCCGAUUACGUAGGCAAACGAAGAGCUUUACAGUGCAUCACUGUCCCUCAUGUGGCCUUUUGGUUGUGUGUACUGUUCGGGAGUGAUGUGUAUCAGUUAUGUUUGGGCCGAGUGUUUGCGGGAGCUGCCGGUGGUGGCCUGAUCCGGAUCGUUCCGUUGUACGUGGCCGAGAUAGCGGACUGUCGGAUACGCGGUGCCCUUGGAUCGCUGUUACCGAUCUGUUUCAAUGCCGGUACCGUUCUUGCGUUCAUCGUCGGUGGUCUGGUGUCGUUUGAAACGAUGCCACUGGUGUUGUUAGUGCUACCGGCGCUCUUUCUUCUCGCAAUGAUCGUGCUACCGGAUACGCCCGCCUGUCUGCUGCGGUCAAUGCGCAACGAACAGGCCGAACGAUCGCUCAUGUUCUAUCGCGGUGUGGCCGGUCACUUCCAGAAGACGGAUCAAUUCCGUCUCGAGUUCCAACAGCUAAGCGUUGCGAUCGAACGCGAAAAGACGGAACCGGACGCUGGUAUCAGCUGGAAGGACUUUGCUAGCGGGCCUGGACGCCGUGGACUCGCGAUGGCCAUGUUCCUGAUGUUUCUCAAUCAAUGCAGCGGCUCGCUAGCCCUUAUUACGUACGCGGCCACUAUCUUCGAGAUGGCCACCAGCGGACAUGAUGCCUACCAGCUGCUACCUCCAUCCAUCGCUCCGAUCGUCCUGGCGACGGUACAACUGAUCGGUACGAUCGUUCCGCUCCUGCUGGUCGAUCGCGUUGGCCGGCGCAUUCUGUUGAUCGUGUCCUGCGUUGGAGUGGCCAACGGAUACCUGACGCUUGCCGCAUACGUUCAGUUUCGACCGCAGGAAGCAACCACCGGUGCCCUCGGUGGUUCGACGAUCGCUGUGCUGCUUCCGUUGGUCAGCCUCUCGUUCAGUAUCUUGCUCGCCUCGCUCGGACUGCUCACGGUGCCGUUCGUCGUGAUGGCCGAGAUAUUGCCCGCCAAGCUGAGGAACGUUGGCAGCACGAUUUGCAUGACGAUCGUGGCCGUGUGCGCGUUCGCGCUGCUGAAGCUUUUCCCUCCGCUGCUCGCAACCGUUGGACUGCCGGGAACGAUGAGCCUUCUGGCGAUGGUGUGUCUGGUCGGAGCGAUGCUGAUCACCGGCUUUCUGCCGGAAACGAAGGGAAAACCGUUGCUGGCGGGCACGGUGUCGGAAAGCGAACCAUCACAGCGAACGAAUUAGAUGUUAGUAUAAACCAGUCUAUCUGUCUAUCUGGAGUAAAGUAUCUGAAACCCACGAUGGCAUUUUAUUCGUUUAGCUUUGACCAACGCGUUAGACCUGGAUAAUUGUUUUCCGGCAGGCAUUAAGCUUAACAGAUUAAUAAGAGAAAUAAACAACUUAAGUUAAAUAAAAGAAUCAACCAAUCAAAAUCAAUGGAAUUAAACAAACAGCCAGAUACAGAGACCAGAGAGGAAAAAAGUAGCAUUUCGAAAUGCGGCAUAAUAGAGAAUAAUCAACGUCAAAGCUUAAACAUUAAACAAAGUAAAAAUACACAAAACUCUAUAUGAAAUGAAAAUGACAACGAGUGGAAAUUAGUGACAACGAGUUAGCUCCACAAAUGCUCUUGCUGCUCGCGUGAGUAGCGAACCAGGUUUUGUGAUAUUUAAAAAUUAGUAUCUUUGUCGUUUUUCCUCCUAUUGAUGUAAAAAUUGCAGAGAAUUCUCUUGAAAAGACGAGCAUUUAGGCAAAAUAUGACUCCUCAACCCCCAGCCACCCAGACGUGGAUUUUCCGGCAAAUUCAAACGAUUCGAAACGAACUUAUCGCUAGAUGACGCUAGCUUACAAUUCAUCUAUCCCGCUCUCGCACAUGAGUGCAAUCGGGAGCAUAAAACAUCGUUCUCUAGUCGCGAAAAACCGCGGAACAAUGAAAAAAUCGGUGGUAAAAAAACGGAAGAGGAAAAAUUAACGAGAUGUGAUAAAUUAAUUUUCACAUUUUCCCAUGUAGGUUGACUCUUUCAAGAGCAUUCUUUGAAGGUUUCGCAUCAAUCGAAAUAAAAUUGACAAAGAUACAGAUUCAAAAAGGGCCGUGCCGAAUGGGUUACAAGCGUUUACGGGUCCUUGUGGCGAGGUCAGUCUAACGGGUCUGACCGCUGACCCUUAGGAAAGUGUCCGAACCAACAUGAAAGCCCGCAAGUACCGGAGUUGGGAGUUGGAACUAGCCUUAAAGGUUUGCCUUGCUCAUGGCAUGUUAUGUGAUAAGAAGGUGCGACGGUCUUCAUGCGUUGGCUCCAACGAUCGAUGUAAGGUGCAUCGACGUGAUUUUUUGCUCGAUGUGUUGGCCUAUUAAUAAAACAUAGUAGGUAAUUGUUUUUAAUAGUAUGGUACCAAGAACCAAAGUAACAACAAUUUGCAAAAGGUUCAAAUGAAAAUAAACUCUAUAGAUCAAUCGAUCAGAAAUGUGAAACGGACUUCAAGCGCAACGUACCAGAAGUGUCCAUGGUUGGGGAUUCUUCUAAAGCAUCAUGUGACAACAUAAAAGUGCAGUGCAAUAGCGAUACCAGACUGCUAAUCAAUUGUUCUAAUGCUUUCAU